AUGUCCAAACAAGACCAGCCUUUACCGCCGCCGCCGCCCGGCGACGACCCCCCACCAUACCAGCCGUCAUCCUCCACCUCAGCCGCGCCGCCAUCGCACCAGGAUGCUGGCAGCACCAACGACCCGGAUGAGCUCGUCCAGCCCAUCGUCCUCGGCAUCGCAGGCCGCUCCAUCCUCGCCGAGCAGCCCGGCGCAGCGCCGGGCUCGGCCCCGCCCACCGCCAUGUAUUCCCUGUCCCGCGCGCUCGCGGACCUAGGCGACUACGACCAGUCUGUCGCGCUCGAGCGGCUAGACUACAAGGUCCGGACCGCGGCCGACGGGACCCCGCGCGUCGCGCCGCCGCGGGGCAAGCAUGUGUACGACCUGUGCCACCCGCCGCCCGUCACGGCUCCCCGUUUCGCGUACGAGCUCCGGUCGCAGUCGCGGCAGACGCUCGGCAGCCUGGGCAUGGUGCGCACGAGCCUCGCGCACGUGAAAGAGCACCACCUCAAGUCCGGGUGGAGGGCCGUCCGGAAGGACAACGGCUUCGCCGAGUUUGACGUCGUGCGCAAGGACCGCAGACGGCUCGAGUGGCGGGACUCGUUCGGCACGGUCGUCGCGAUCGAGGAGGAGGACGAGGAGGUGCCGCUCGGGGACAUCGGGCCGAGCGGUACGGGAGCCAAGGUCGGCGAGAACGUGGGACGGCUGAGGAUGGUGAUGAUGGUGCCGCUGCCGCGCAGGUUACUGGAUGCGCUGGUCGGCGUGUGGUGCGUGCGGGCGUGGCAGGAGGGCGUGGAGAGGGCGUACAAGCCGCAAGGCUUUAGUGGAUGUUAG